AUGCACACCAGCACGCAGUCCAUCGGAGAGUGUGGCCGCCCUCCCAACAGAGUCCUCCGUGCACGCACGAAGAUGGCCAAGGCGGCGCUCUACAUCUACAUGAUGGCCGCGCUUGCUCUGACGAGCUGCGCAUUCGCCGGCCGCGUCCUCAACGAGCAUCCCGCGCCGCCUCCGGCAGAGGCUCCUCCGCCGGUCGAUCCACUGCCGGGGCCGACCGAGCCACCUGUCGACCCGGUGGUAGUGCCGGUGCCCGCGCCCGCGACCGCGGCGGUGAUGCCUUUGCCAUCCGCAUCCGGUGCCGCGGGCGCCGCAGGAGUAGCUCCGGCCGCGGGUGCUGGUGCAACGGCCAACGUAGGAGCCGGUGUGGCUGCAGGCGCCGGCGACAGCCCGCUGACGUUCUUCAUGCACGACAUCCUCGGGGCCUCGUCGUCGCAGCCGUCGGCGCUCAUGGUGACCGGGGUUGUGGCGAGCGCCGGCGGCCUGGCCAGCGGCAACAGCGUCGUCCCACACGACAGCCUCGUCCAGAGCAAUGGCAACGCGGCCAACGGCGGCUACAAGAACACCAUCCCCUCCGUCAACGCUGGUGGCGGCCUGCCGUCGGCCACCACACCCCGGAACCUCCUCUUCAGCAUGACCGCCGUCGUGGACGAGGAGCUCGCCGGGGGCCACGACCUCGGCGCCGCGGCCGUCGGCAGGGCGCAGGGGUUCUACGUAGCGAGCUCGCAGGACGGGAGCAGCAAGACGGUCGUGCUGACGGCCAUGUUCGGCGGCGAAGUGCACGGCGACACGCUCAGCUUCUUCGGGGUGCACCGGAUGGCGGCUUCGGAGUCCCGCAUCGCCGUCAUCGGCGGCACGGGGAAGUACGAGAACGCCAAGGGCUUCGCCGCCAUCCGCACGCUGCACCCCGGCGACCAGCACGCCACCGACGACGGCGUCGAGGGCCUCCUCCAGUUCGACAUUCACCUCUCCUGAGCUGCUGCCCUGACUAAUAGUGCAACUAUAUUCCAAGUGUUGGAGCUUCCAGGUUAUAUGGUGCUCUGCCGUCUCUCUGAACAUUUGUAAUCUUGAAUUACGACAGCUUUUGCAUUUUA